CACUUCUCGUAAACCUCAUCAUAUUGAGGUUGGGCUAAGAUGAGCAUAACCAGUGACGAAGUGAAUUUCUUGGUGUAUCGCUAUCUCCAGGAAUCGGGUUUCUCCCACUCGGCCUUCACCUUCGGUAUCGAGAGCCACAUCAGCCAGUCCAACAUCAACGGGACGCUAGUGCCACCUGCCGCACUCAUCUCCAUCCUCCAGAAGGGGCUCCAGUAUGUGGAGGCUGAGAUCAGCAUCAACGAAGAUGGUACAGUAUUUGACGGCAGGCCGAUAGAAUCACUGUCUCUGAUAGACGCGGUGAUGCCUGAUGUUGUACAGACCCGGCAGCAAGCAUUCAGAGAGAAACUAGCUCAGCAACAAGCCAGUGCGGCGGCGGGAGCGGCGCGGACAGCCAGUGCGGGGGCGGCAGCGGCAGCAACGGCAGCAACAGCAGGAGCGACGACGACUGCUGUUUCCCAGCAGAACACACCAAAGAACGGAGAAGCCACUGUGAAUGGAGAGGAGAAUGGGGCACAUGCAAUAAAUAAUCAUUCAAAGCCAAUGGAGAUUGACGGGGAUGUUGAAAUUCCUCCUAACAAAGCAACAGUCCUUCGGGGCCAUGAAUCAGAGGUGUUCAUCUGUGCCUGGAACCCUGUCAGUGACCUGCUAGCAUCUGGAUCCGGAGACUCAACGGCCAGAAUAUGGAAUCUCAAUGAAAACAGCAACAGCGGUUCCACUCAACUAGUUUUGAGGCACUGCAUAAGAGAAGGAGGACACGAUGUCCCCAGCAAUAAGGAUGUGACUUCAUUGGACUGGAAUAGUGAUGGAACACUAUUGGCAACAGGCUCAUACGAUGGUUUUGCAAGAAUAUGGACAGAAGAUGGUAACCUUGCAAGCACCUUAGGUCAACAUAAAGGUCCAAUAUUUGCCCUGAAAUGGAACAAAAAGGGGAAUUAUAUUUUAAGUGCUGGUGUUGAUAAAACAACAAUAAUUUGGGAUGCUCACACAGGAGAAGCUAAACAGCAGUUUCCUUUCCAUUCAGCUCCUGCUCUGGAUGUAGACUGGCAGAACAACACUACUUUUGCCUCCUGCAGCACUGACAUGUGCAUUCAUGUAUGCAGACUUGGCUGCGAUCGUCCCGUUAAAACCUUUCAAGGACACACAAAUGAGGUGAAUGCAAUCAAAUGGGACCCAUCUGGCAUGCUACUAGCAUCUUGCUCCGAUGAUAUGACAUUAAAGAUUUGGAGUAUGAAGCAAGAUACCUGUGUACAUGAUCUUCAGGCUCACAGCAAAGAGAUUUAUACUAUCAAAUGGAGUCCUACAGGACCAGGCACCAGCAACCCAAACUCCAACAUCAUGUUAGCAAGUGCUUCGUUUGAUUCCACUGUUCGGCUGUGGGACGUUGACCGAGGAGUUUGCAUCCAUACGUUAACAAAACAUCAAGAGCCUGUCUACAGUGUAGCUUUUAGUCCUGAUGGAAAAUAUCUAGCCAGUGGGUCCUUUGACAAAUGUGUCCAUAUAUGGAAUACUCAGAGUGGAACUCUAGUACAUAGCUACCGAGGCACCGGGGGCAUCUUUGAAGUCUGCUGGAAUGCUAGAGGAGACAAAGUGGGAGCAAGCGCAUCAGACGGAUCGGUUUGUGUUCUAGAUCUGCGGAAGUAAAAGUGAAAGGUUUUAGAAGGAAUUUCAAAUGGACCAGCAGUGAAUGUGUGGGGAGAAGCACUCUUCAAAACUAUUCUUAACAGCUCCAGAACUGUACGAACUUGAACAAAGUUAGAGUGUACCGUGAAACCAGCUCUCCCUGGCCACAGGUGUCUAGUAUUUUGUCCGUAACCUUCAUCAAGGAGUAAAAACACAGUCACUUCAGAGGGGGAGGGAAUGGUUUCCACCUGGAACAUUCAGCCUUGGAAGCAUGAAGCCACGAGCUAGGCAUUGCACUGUUUGGUUUGCGUCUGAGAACUUGCUCUGAUGGCUGGGAAAAAAAAGCUGUGCCAAAAAAAAUUAAUAAAAAAAAAAAGAAAAAUGCUGUGAUAAACCAAAAGGGAAAAAAAAAUCCUCCUCCAUGCGGUGUUGUAUUUUUUCCUUCCAAUUUGGACACUACAGUUGCUCUCCCAAAGGACGUUCAAAGACCAGUUUGUACUGAUGAAAUGCUCAACUUUGUAAUCACAACACUUUCUAUUUUCUAGACUACUUUUUUUGUUCAGUGGUUUUUCUAUCAGCUGGAAUAUUACAGCCUGGAGGAUCCCAGGCUUAGGAUGAAACUUUUGUUUUCCUUUUAUUUCUCCCUUCCACUCCCAACUUCUCCUUCCUUUUUUUCCUCCUCUUUCUUCUUGCCUUUUUUUUUUCUUUUUUUCCCUGUAUGCCCAUAGUAGAUGCAGCCAGGUGGACAUGACAAUGAAAAUUUUUGACAGACUGCUUCUCCUCUCCUCUCUCUUCCUUUUCCUUUCUUUCUCUCCGUUUAAAAGAAAAAAAAAAUCCUCCAUGCUUCAGAUCUUAGCGUCUCAAGGGCACUUUCAGCAAAUUGUGUAAUAAGUGCUUUAUAUAAGAAUGCAGUGCUGGGGAAGAUUUUUACAGGAGAAAGAUGACUUUUAACAGAAAGAACCCAGUGUAUUUUUGGAAGAAAAAUAUUUUUUAUGUUGAACAGUUUUAAAAGCCUAAAAUGGCCACCAAAUGUAGACCAGUUGUGUAAUUCAAGCAAAAAGAAUGACACAGAGUCCAAGGAACAUGAAAGGUGCAGUAUCCUUUUUCUCUUCUCUCUCAGAAAGUGCUGUAAGAAAAAAUGCCAUUUGAUACAAUAAAUGCCAGUCAUUUACUAAGAGUCCUCUUCCAGCAGCCAGCCGUUUAUAUAGUCUGAUUUCAUUUUUGUGGCUGUUUGAUGAUGUACACUUAUUAAAAGGGAUUCAUAAGUUUUGAGUAUAAAUACAGCAUUCAUUUUCUUGAGUCCAUAUUUUCGAUUAUCCUCGGUAACCAGGGGAGAA